GCAGAGAAAGAGUCCUGUUUCUCUCCUCCUUAAUCCCUACCUUAUGGACCUGGCUGCUGCCUAGAUGCACAGAGACCGUGGAUUUGGCAAGAUGAGGGCUCUGACUGUUUGCAUGUUUUUGCUCUUUCUAGCUCAUGAAGGGAUGUGCUCAGAUUCUGAGCAGGAACGGAAAGGGACAGAAGAGGAGUUUUUGAACAGUCUCUUCACUUCAAAGGUGAGCCGACCACAGUGGAGAGCUCCUCUGCUGGACGUCUGUGGCCUGAUCCAGAGCCUGACCGGCCGGGGUCACGAGGCCUGGCUGGAUAACGGGGAGGGCGUGGUCACCAGGGAAACGCUCUCCACAGAGCCUCUGGAGGGCCUGUAUGACCUAGAGAGCCUCUGUAGAAUACUACAGCCCAGAGAGAUAUUUCAUGAGUACCUGGAGUCCGACAUCACAAAGAACAGUGCGAACCCACCAAAAAGGAAAUCACCAUAUAUACUGAAACGGCAGCUGCAGAUGAGCAAAACCAGGAGGCCAUAUAUUCUGAAGCGCAGUACAUACUACUGACCUCUGCUCUGCCACGUGGAGUCGUUCUUAACUCUCAAUGUGCAUCUGUAAUAACUGUAUACAUGGUAUUUAUCGUUCUGUGUUUCUCAUGCGGAGGUUUCUUCAUCUUCAGACUCAACAUGACUGUGUAAAUAAAAAAACACACCAAAACUGUAUCAUUAAACAACUAAAUUAUGUUGUUUUCUUCUGCCUUUUCCCCAAAAAACCAUUCAUGCAUCUUGAGG